GCUGCGAAAUCAGUUCGUUGUCGUCAGUCAGCCAGUUCAGUUCAGUUCGGUUUUCGCAGAGGACAUCAAGGCAGAGAACCAACAGACCGAGGAAAAUCCAUCCAAGGCGAAGGCAACACCAGCAGCGAAUUGGAGCAGCAACAGCAACAACGCCGCAGCAGGAGCAGCAGCAACGCAACAGCAACAGCAAGCAGUCCAGUCCAGGCACAGUUGAUGCAAAAAGUUCUCAAACCAGGCGCCGCAAUCAAAUUAUUCAAACUCAAAUUCGAUUCCACUGUGCGUGUACCGUUGUGGGUGCGUGUGUCGGUGUGUGUGUGUGCGUGAGUGUCCUUGGUUGUGUGUGGCCAAAAUAGAAAAACGAACAUAAAGCCAAACUGAAGUAAAUCAACACUGAGGGCGCCGCCAGGAUUCAGCAGCCCACGCAGGACUAAAAAAGGAAGCUGAAAUCAGGCCAGGCCGCAGAGGAAAAUCAAUUUUCUGUUAAAAUACAUAAAUUGCAACGAUAGACGCGUCUCGAAAAGCGAAUUGCCAUUGCCAUUGCCGAGAAUUGUAGUCGGCUGCAAAACUCCAAAAACUCCGCACCCUCUUCCCCCGCCACCCCCUUUCAAACACCAUGCACACACACUCACGCGCGUAGCACACACACCACACACACACACGCCCGCGUACAGAGCAGCAGCGCUCGGACGUUAACGGUAAAAAGAAGAAGAAGACGCCACCAGGUUAGGCCAUCAGUGGAGGUGCAACGGGGGCUAAAGGAGGUGCAGAAAAGAGUGAAGAGGAGAGAAAAGAGGAAGAGCACCACGAGAUCUAACUGUAAACUCUGGCGGAGACAGUCCACAACAGUCGCGUCCAUCGAGCUAGGCCCACUCAAUAAUCAAUCGACAGAAAAAUCAAUCACAGCCUGCCGACAUCUCCAUUCAAAAACGGCCUAACCAAGAAGCAGCAAAGAGAAACUCAGAAAAAAGAACUUCCAGAAUUUCCAAUAAUAUAACAACACACAAAACAAAACAAAAAAUAAACAAAAAACAACUAUCAACUAAAACAACCUAAAAUAAUAACUAAAUUUUUCUAAUAAAGACAUCUGUGAUUUGAAUAUAAAAACGGAACAUAAAUUUAUAAACAACAAUUAUUUUCAUACUGCACUUUUUCAAAACCAACAACAAAAUAACUGAAAACAAAAUCAAUUAAUUUUAUAAAUUUCCAAACAUAAAUCACAUACGAUUCGGUGAGCGCAUAAAAUAAAUAUAAAUUUAAAUUUAAAUAUAUACCGCGCACGCAAAGCUGACACGCCUCGAGGAUAAAGUCGAAAACCGCAAAAGCAAGGAAAAAGCAAAGCAAAAGCACCACCAAAACCGCCAAACAGCGGAAAAGCAAAAACAGAAGCAGGAGCAAAAGCCGCACCACCAGCCAAGGCAGCCUCAAAUUCACACAAGGUCAACGGAAUUAAUAUUUUUUAAAUGGAAAUCAUUCCUGAAGGUAAACACUUUCGUUUGGUGCAUGAAUCAGAGCUUCCAGAAAUUUUGGUAACUUUAGAGCGCUAUCUGCCGGAAUCGUUAAAGUUUCAUCAAACCAUAAAAACGUACCUGAAUGAUCGUAUUUGGGAUUUUAAGUUCUAUGUUGCUAAAGAUUGGCCCGACAAACCGAUAAUUCUCCAUUUCCCAGGAUGCACGCUUGCGCCGCACAACAAUAUAUACCAAACGCUAGGCAUAUUUUGUCCAUCCGCACACAUCGAGCAUGUCGAUAUGCUGCGCACCGAAGAUGUACUUAUAGAUUGGCAGAAGCCUAUGUACCUGAACUUUACGCACAUCGCCAUUAUGAAUCGCCUGGAUGACUUCUACUCGAAGUUCGGUGUGAUGGAACGACUCAGUGGUGAUAUCUACGUGUGCAACAAGCUGAACGCCGACCUGGAGCUGGAGCCGCUGCCGGAUGACGCCGAGAUGCGUCUGCUCAAUCUGGAUAACGUGCAGGGCAUACAUGAUCUAUAUCCUGCCAAUGAAAUCGAGUGCGUCCAGCUGUUUGACAUCCUCGUCCGCAAGCUACCGGGCCUGGGCAUCUUUCGCAAGGAAACCGGAGAGCUAGCCGCCUGGAUGGUCCAUUCAUACUACGGUGCCAUGUUCUCAAUGCAAACACGUCCAGACUUCAGGCGCAUGGGCUAUGGAAUCCGUCUGGCCAAGUCGCUGACCCAACUGGUGAUCGAGCGCGGAUACACGCCCUUCGUGGUGAUUCGUCCUGGUAACGAUGCGUCCCGCAGUCUGUACACGAAGCUGGGCUACGAGAAGGCAUUCGAGACGUGCCGUGUGCGGAUGACACCGGAUUGCUACGAGGACAGCACCGUGGGCACCAUCGGCAACACGUCCUACGGAAAGUUUCCGCCGCUGCCGCAGGGCGACUGCGUGGUGGUGACCAAGCUGCGCAAGCAUGUGCCCGGCGAGAGCCAGACGGUGGACGAGGGCAUCGAGGAUAUGUUGGCUGAAAAAUGUGAUAUCAGCGGCGACGAGGGGAGGGAGCGCAAGACCACGACCGACGAGGGCAUCGGGGAGGACAAGUAG